CAUGUUACGCUAUAUAUAUGCCAAUUGAAUAGAUUAAUAUAUCUUUAUUAUCUACCUGUAUGAUAAAUCACGGAGUGUUAACUCAUACUUCCUGUCUGGAUUAACUUAAAACUUUAGGACAUUACAAAACAUUACAGAUAAAUAUUUGGAAUGCUUCCACCAAGGUUCGGCGCAAUUUUACUUAAUUUAGUUCUGAUCAAAGAACAUGUACAUUGUUUUCAACAAAUAUAUUACAAGACUUUAGAGGGCAAAGAAGUGGAGGGUAUAUCAUAUGAUCCCAGCAAUCAUAUAUAUCCAGUGGUCAACCUGUCCACUCAAACUUGCCCAUUUUUUCCACUUCAAAACUGCAGAUCGGAAGCAUUUUUCUGGGAAACUUUUGAAGAGCAUUGUAAACUGUCUAGUCUAUGUCCGAAUGGGACUGACGCUCAAUGUGUAGAGAACUCGGGGAACCAGUUUAAACAUGUGCUGUUGGUCUGUGCACCUAAAGGAAACUGUAAUCCAAAUGCUCGGAACAUCGUUUACUACGAUAGUAACAAACCAAGUAUAUAUCAACUCGGACAAGACAAGUGUGAGGAUGGUUAUCAUCAUGCACGAAAUGUUGUUUGUUUCGGCAAGUGUGACCAUGACAAAAGUAUAAUCGUACUUCAAAAAAGUUCUCUGACUUCACGAGCAAUUGUUUACUGCAAUUAUCACUUGGGAUACUGCAAUUCUGAAAAACCGAAAAUAUAUUUGAGUUAACAGACGAUCCAAAUAUGUGUGUGUUGUCGUAUAACAGAUAUGAUCGAUGUCCUGGUGGUUUGGAAAGAUUAUCAGACUGUUCAUGUAAGAGACCAUGUCAUGAUGGUGGAUAUACCAGAGAUCCAUACAAAGAUUUCGUAUGUACACGUAAAGAUUCAACAGUACUGAUAUCUCCCUCCAAUUCAAAGUUACUGACAGUCAAUGUUAGAUUACAACCAGUUGCCGGCGGUUUACAGUUAUCAUACAGUUACUCUAUUGAACGUGGCAUCUUUGUUUCUAUUCUUAAGAUACUAUACAGAAAGAUGAAAGGACACAGAGCAAUGGCAUUACCUGAUAUUGUAUUAGACGCUGAUGGUUCUCCACAACAUGUUGAUAUUAAACCACUUCACCCCGGUCGAUCUUAUCUAUUCAAAGUUACUUUGUUUUAUGAACAUAAUGACAAUAUGGAAAAUCGCACGAUACAAAUGAUUGGAACAGCCCAACCGAAUCCUGUUAGGAAUUUGACAAGUAGUUACAACAGUGAGAGCAUCCAACUGUCGUGGAAGAUUCCACAUCAAAGUGAGCAGGACCGGUAUGGUGUGGAAUAUAGACCGGUGAGGAGGAAUCGUAAACCUGGCUGGAUACACAAUACAACCAGGCAGUGUAACUUUACAAUUAGCCAUCCCUUCCCUGGAGAAGAAUAUGAGCUUCGUGUUUAUUCUAUAAGUAAUGCUAUCAACAGUUUAGAGAGUACGACAUGCCUGGUGAUUCCCCCGUUACCACCACAAGAACUUCAUGUACAUUUCCCGUCGCCAACAGAUGUGGAUGUAUUUUGGUUUACAAAUGAUUCACGAAGUCAUGUAGAGAAAUGGUAUUUGACAUACAAUACUAGUAAUGGCGAUGGGGAUCACAUGGAUGUGUCGUAUCCAGAUCAUGGUGGUCGAGUAGUUGCCUCCCUUGCUAACGUUCAGAGAGGAUACAUUUACAACAUCUUUGUUUAUGGUGUUGUCGGUGAUGUACGGUCAACAUUGCCUGUUUAUUCAGAAGUAAAAAUUCCUGGCUUAAAAGAAGAUUUGCCUGAGACAUCAAAACAUUUGUGGAUAAUAUAUAUAGUGGGUGUGUUGGUCCUUCUUUUGAUUGCUGUCAUAGUCCUUGUUAAGAAAGUUCCGUUAAUCUGCAAUUUUAGAAAUAACAUUCAAAUUGAAAGACUUGUGACGUUCCUCAAAGGUGGCUCGACUCUAAACCUAAAUAUUGCAAAUGAAGCUGUCCAGGAAGCGCUGAAUGAUAUAGCAGAUGAUUCUGAAGAAUCAGAUGACGAAAGAUAGCAAACCAUUCAAUAUAGUCAUAGUAUCCUAUUUAAAAAAUACAUAUAAUGGAAUAUGAGUCGUGUAUAUGUACAAUGAACUGACAUGGAUAGUUUGAACUAUUGAAGGUCUAUAUUUCAACAAUUAAAAGCAGUAAAGCCUAUGGAAAUACUAACGAUAAAAACGGAAGACAAUAGUAUUUCCCUGUCAUGCGAAACAUUUUUUAAAAAAGAAUGUUCUCUGCUUAAGCAUUUAUUAAAUUAUAAGUUGAACAGAAAAAAUAAAUGUUUGUAAUCAGGUUUCAAUUUUAAUUUCUUUACUGCAUGACGAUUCUUUGUGGGGGGU